AUGGCAUUUUGUUUACCGAUGACCACAGACUAUGUAUGGGAGCUGAGCGAUGGCGCCAGUAGCAUAGGUUCAUUCAAGAAAGAACUCUUUGGUUUCCUGACAAUCCUAUGGCUGGCACUUUUCCUGCUCUGUUCCCGACCACAAACAUAUGUGCGCGAGGUGCACAAGCUGGUCAGCCUUUUUGCAGUAAUGGCAUUCCUGCCUUUUUUAUUUGAGUGCAGCUUUAACCACCUGUCUCUGCAAGCCCUGAGCUAUUCCUUCCUGCCGGAUAUUAAGAAGCUCGCAGAGAAGCAAGUAUGGAUGGAUGCUGCGGAACACACCCUUCUGUCGCUCGGCAGUUGCUGCGGCAUUGUUAUCUUGAUGGGAUCGCGUUGCAAGUACGGGACGUCGAUGGAAAGGCUAAAAAGUAGGAACCUGUUUGGCCCGAAAGACAGGUUUUUCAAGAACGCCACUUUAUUAUUGGACGCUUUUCUCACGUUGUGUGUCACCCGUUUUGUGCAAUCUAGUACUGUCUAA